AUGUCUGCUGGACCUAGAUCAAACACAUAUCAGUAUGGGUCAAUCAACCAUAGUUCACAAGAAAAGAAACAUAGAUCGAUACACUUUAAAUAUUUAUACUUCACAAUCCAAAAACUAAUAAAUAGCAAGGUUAAACUAAGUUUACGAUAUGAACUAUUGAAAACCCCGGAAAUACAUUCGUCAAUCACUAAACCAAUCUCUACUGAGAUCAUAAAAUUGGCAUCAGUUGUAACACCGCCUAAAUCAAAUCCAAUUUGGAUGGCGCUGACAACUAUUUCAGAGUCCAUAUCCCAAUAUGCUGUAUUUAUAUUGUUAUUACUUCGGUAUGAGUUUAUUAUUCAAUCAGAAAAUAAUCUUAUUAGUUUUGAGUUAUUGAGUACCAAGGCAAACAUUUGUGAGAUCUUGGCUAUUAGGAUGCUUAGAGAAUAUAAAUCAUAUGAACGAGUCAAUAUGUUAUUCAUUAAGCCAUUGGGUCAAGAUCAAUUUAAUACUUUAGAAUUAUCUAUUCUAUCUAAAUCGAAAAAAUUUCUUUCACAACCGAUCAUAAUACAAACUAUGGAUAAAAUAUACAAUGGAGAUAUAACCAUUAAAACUCAUGACCAAGAAAACCUCAAUAAUGACUCCGAACAACAGCUACUAAGUCUGGACAACGUUUCAAAUUAUCAAUUCAAACGAAUAACUAUGAGUUUAAUUAAACGUAGAUCGGAAAUAGUACCGAAAUAUCAAUCGUUGGUGAUUAAUUUAAAGUUAAUCAUGUUAACUAUAUUAUACUUUAUGUUGAUUUUGAAACAUAAACAUCAAGUUCAUGGGACAUUUAUAAACUUAUUGGAAGUACAAUUUUGGUUAUUAGCAUUAAACUAUAAUUAUGAAAACUUCAUAAAAUUGAAUAAUAUUCGAUUCAAAUUCUUAAGGAAGAUCCUAUGGACAUAUAUUGAUUUAAUAUUAAUUCUUAUGUUAGAUUUUGUUGGCUUAAUUAGGUUAUCAUUAUUUUUAGGGGGAUCCGGAAUUUCAAUAAUUGAACAAGAUGUAUUUCGAAACUUGUUUAGUAUCAUAUCAAUUGUUUUAUUACCAAGAAUACUUUCAAUCUUUAAUAAUUAUGAAUUUUUCAAUAUGAUUAUAUUAUCAUUCAAAAGAAUGGUUUGGAAAAUGAUUGGUUUAUUUUGUCUAUUCAUAUCAUUGAUUAGUGGGUUUUAUAUUAGUUUCAUAUCCUUAUCUAUUGACAGGCCCAAUUCCAUGAUUCUUUUUGAUAUGUUGAAGGUCUUUUUUGGUUUCACCCCUGCAAUUUGGGAUAAUUGGGGUAAUUAUAAUAAUUUGGGAAGAGUAACUCAAUUGGGGUACUUGUUCUUAGUUCAAUUUGUAAUUGCAACUAUUUUAGCAAUUGUUUUAAGUGAAGUUUUCAAUAAGAUUUCUGCCACAAACAAGGAAGAAUUUCAUUAUUUUAAGGCUACAAAUAUUGUUAUUUAUCAACAAACAUCUAAAAUAUUCAUGAAAAGAACAUACAAGUGGAAUAAUGAAAAUCCAUUAUAUACUAAUUUGGUAUGUGAAAUUAUUUGGAAAUUUAGUUUAAAGGCAUUUGCGAUAAUUAAUUGGAUGAUGGAUUUAUUUAAGUUCCCAAUCUUACUAUUAAUUUACUUAUAUGAACUAUCAAUUAGUCAGUUGAUUAGAAGAGAUCAAAAGGAUAAAGAAAGUAAAAAGAAUUUUACUUUUUUGAAGAAGGAAAUGGAUUAUGAAUCGGAUAUCAAUAGAUUUGACGAUGAUUCUGCAGAUAUAUUCCAUAAUAAGGGUGGAAUAUUAGGUAGAAAGGCGUCAUUUGGUCGAGAGCAUUCGUCUGUUAGAAAGCAUAGUUUGACUAAUGAUCCCUCUGGAAUACCUGCUGGAAAUUCGUUAAUUCCCAUUCAAUCUAUCAGUACUCUUGGAAAUUUUAAAAGUGCUUCCACUGAUUCUUUAUUCAUCGAUGAAAUGCUUCACCGAAGAUAUGGUCAGAAUGAAGGAGUCAACGUAUUUGAUAGUAUUAAAACUGAAACCAAACGAUUAAAGGAUCGUACUUAUAAAGAUGUACGCAAUGAAACAGAAAUCAUGGAAAAGCUUCUUCAAAUUGAAACAUUAUUUAGUGAAGUUGUAAAUAGAAAGGAAAAGAAUUUAAGAGAAGACCAAAGUCAAGGGGAGGGUGAAGGAGACGAUGACGAGGAGAUACAGCUGGUAAAGACUCGGUUAACAAGUGAUAAUGAUAACUUGGGAGAUAUCUAUAAUAUUCCUGAAGCUUCAUUGAGUGAGGUUCUGUCAGUAACCUCAAUAGGAUCCAUAAGUGACGUGGAAGAUGAUGAAGUGUAA